GCCGGAAGUUGGUGUCCGAGUUUCCAAGUGCCGUUCCUCCCCCCUCCCCACCCGGCCCUGUAGCGGCGGCUCAGCUGCUGCCAUGGAGCCUGCGGAGCUGGAGCGGAUCCUAAAGGAGCUGCUGCUGCCGGACACCGAGCGCAUCCGCCGGGCCACGUUGCAGCUCCAGACCGCCCUUCGGGACCCGGCCGCCUUGCCUGCGCUCUGCGACCUGUUGGCCUCUGCGACAGAUCCUCAGAUCCGCCAGUUUGCAGCGGUCCUGACCCGCAGAAGACUGAGCACCCGCUGGCGACGCUUGGCACCUGAGCAACGGGAGAGCCUCAAGAACCUGGUCCUGACAGCCCUGCAGAGAGAGACACAGCACUAUGUCAGUGUCAGCUUGGCCCAGCUGGCAGCCACCAUCUUUCGAAAGGAAGGGCUGGAAGCCUGGCCUCAGUUCAUGAACCUCCUUCAGCACAGUACUCACAGCGACAACAGCCCUGAGAAAGAGGUGGGACUUCUGCUGCUGAGCGUGGUGGUGUCUUCCCAACCCGAGGCAUUCCUGGCCCACCAGCAGGAGCUUCUGCAGCUUCUGAUUGACACUCUUGGUGAUGUAGGCGCCCCUGGACAGCUCUUUUACUCCCUGCGCACUGUGACUGCCUUGGCCCCCUACCUCAGGACUGAUGAUGUGCCUCUCGCACGGAUGUUGGUGCCCAAACUCGUUAUGGCAGUGAGAACUCUGAUCCCCAUAGAUGAGGUAAAGGCCUGCGAGUCUCUGGAGGCCUUGGAUGAGCUGCUGGAGUCGGAGUUGCCUAUCAUUACUCCCCACAUCGCUGAGGUCCUCACACUCUGCCUGGAGGUGGCUAAAAAUGUGGCCCUUGGCGAAGCAAUUCGUGUACGGAUUCUCUGCUGCCUCACUUUCUUGGUCAAAGUCAAAAGUAAGGCCUUGCUGAAGAACCGCCUCCUGCCUCCCUUGCUGCACGCCCUUUUCCCAAUCAUGGCUGCUGAGCCACCCAUGGGCCAGUUGGAUCCUGAAGACCAAGAUUCUGAAGAUGACGAAUUGGAGAUUGGGCUUAUGGGGGAGACCCCCAAGCACUUUGCUGUACAGGUUGUGGACAUGCUGGCACUCCACCUUCCCCCUGAGAAGCUCUGUCCCCAUGUGAUGCCCAUGCUGGAAGAAGCCUUACGGAGUGAGUCCCCGUACCAGCGUAAAGCAGGGUUUCUGGUGUUGGCCGUCCUGUCUGAUGGUGCUGGUGACCACAUCAGGCAAAGACUGCUGUCCCCACUGCUACAGAUCGUGUGCAAGGGCCUGAGUGACCCCUCACAGGUUGUCCGCAAUGCUGCUCUGUUUGCCCUGGGCCAGUUUUCAGAUAACUUACAGCCCCACAUCAGCAGCUACUCAGAGGAAGUGAUGCCGCUGCUCCUUGCCUAUCUUAAGUCGGUGCCUCCAGGGAACACACAGCACCUGGCCAAGGCCUGCUAUGCCCUGGAGAACUUUGUGGAGAACCUAGGGCCCAAAGUGCAGCCCUACAUUCCGGAGCUUAUGGAGUGUAUGCUGCAGCCCCUGAGGAACCCCAGCAAAGCCCGGACCAAGGAACUGGCUGUGAGCGCCAUAGGGGCCAUUGCCACGGCUGCCCAAGACUCCCUGCUGCCCUACUUCCCCACCGUCCUGGAGCUUCUCCGGGGAUUCCUGUUGACCCCCCAUGAAGAACUUCAGCUUGUGCAGAUCCAGAGCCUGGAGACCCUGGGAGUGCUGGCUCGAGCACUGGGAGAGGCCAUGAGACCCCUGGCUGAGGAAUGCUGUCAGCUAGGGCUGGGGUUAUGCAGCCACAUAGACGAUCCUGACUUGAGGCGCUGCACGUACAGCCUGUUUGCAGCCUUAUCGGGGCUAAUGGGAGAUGGCCUGGCACCCUACCUGCCUCAGAUUACCACGCUCAUGCUGUUGUCACUGCGUUCCACCGAGGGCAUUGUGCCUCAGUAUGACGGCAUCAGCUCCUUCCUUCUGUUUGAUGAUGAGAGUGAAGAGGAAGAAGAAGAGGACCUCAUGGAUGACGACGAUAUGGAAGAGGAGGAGGACUCUGAGAUCUCAGGGUACAGUGUGGAGAAUGCCUUCUUCGAUGAGAAAGAAGACACCUGCACUGCCCUGGGGGAGAUCUCUAUAAACGCCAGUGCGGCCUUCCUUCCGUACAUGGAUAACGUCUUUGAUGAAGUCAUCAAACUGUUGGAGUGUCCUCAUCUGAAUGUGCGGAAAGCAGCUCAUGAAGCUCUGGGGCAGUUCUGCUGUUCACUACAUAAGGCCUGUGAGAGGAACCCUUCCGAGGCCAACAAGACUGCCCUGCAGUCUUCCUUGGCCCGAGUGAUACCGUCUUACAUACAGGCAGUGAAAGGGGAAAGGGAGCGCCCCGUGGUAAUGGCGGUGCUGGACGCCCUGGCUGGGGUGCUGCGCACCUGUGGGGGCCUCGCCCUGUUCCCCUCUGAGCGCCUCAAUGAUCUCUGCAACGUGCUCAAGGCUGUGCUGCAAAAGAAGACAGCCUGUCAGAACAUGGAGGAGGACGAGGAAGAUGAGGAUGAAGACCAGGCAGAGUAUGACGCCAUGUUACUAGAGCACGCUGGAGAGGCCAUCCCUGCCCUGGCAGCCGCAGCUGGAGGACAUGCCUUCGCUCCUUUCUUUGCCAGUUUCUUGCCGCUACUGCUGUGUAAGAUGAAACAGAGCUGUACGGUGGCAGAGAAGUCCUUUGCGGUGGGAACACUGGCAGAGUCCAUUCAGGGCCUGGGUCCUGCCUCAGCCCAGUUUGUAACUCGGCUGUUCCCUAUACUGUUAAACACUGCCCGGGAAGCGGACCCAGAGGUGCGGAGCAAUGCCAUCUUCGGGCUGGGUGUCCUUGUAGAGCAUGGGGGCUCCCCUGCUCAGGAAUACUUCCCUAAGCUCCUGGGUCUCCUUUUGCCCCUCCUGGCAAGGGAGCGUCAUGAUCGAGUCCGUGACAACAUCUGUGGGGCUCUUGCCCGUGUGCUGAUGGCCAGUCCAACAAGGAAAGCGGAGCCCCAGGUGCUGGCUACCCUGCUACACGCCCUGCCACUGAAGGAGGACAUGGAGGAGUGGAUCACUGUCGGGUGCCUCUUCCACUUCCUGCACCAGAACAACCCUGACCAGCUUGUAGAUGUGGCUCCUGAGCUCCUGCGUAUCUGCAGCCUGAUUCUGCCAGACAACAGGAUCCCACCAGACACCAAGGCGGCACUGCUGGUGCUCCUGACAUUCCUGGCCAAACAGCACGCCGACAGCUUCCACGCAGCCCUGGGCUCGCUGCCUGCUGAUAAAGCUCUGGAACUCCAGGCCGUGCUGGACCUCACUUAGACUACAGGCUCCAGCCGGGCCCCAGGGCCCGGAGACUUCCAGUCAGCCCAGGCCCAGCUCACCUCACCAAAGACUAUAUAUCAUUGGAAGUCAAUCCUGCUUGCUGUCUUAACGGGUGUCUCUGGGGCUGGAGCUAUUCAAGCAGAGCUGUGACAUCACACUGUAAUAAAGGCAGCUUGUUUUCUGCUUGGACACCA